UUAUAUUAUUUUGACGUUUGUUGUUGUCAGACACUGACGUUUAUUCUAGAAAGUUCAGAGCUUAUUAAUAUAUUCUGCUAAUAACAUUAAGUUUUAUUCAGCAAAGUUUGCAUGAUGUCUGCAAUGUCUGACGGUGAAGAAGAUACACAAGAAACUGAUUUAUUUAAUAUUCCAUGGGACGAUGUUUUGGUUCCUUACAUUGGACCAACAUUGUCUGUGAAAGACUGUUUCAAUCUGAGGUGUGUUUCAAGAUCUGGAAAAUCAUUGGGAGAAUCAAUUUUAAAAAAAGUUCAUAAGUUAGUGUUGUCUUCCACAUUAUCCCAAAAUCAGGGUACCAUACAGGUUUUGAGAAAAAACUGUAAAGAUAUCAGAAUCCUUACAGUCAUACCUGAAGACGAAGAGCAAGAUGUCCCAUCAAAAAUUUCAGCUGAAAACUUCAUUAUUUUAACGUCUGGACUUAAAAGGCUUCAACAUGUAAACCUGGCACAUUGUGUUAAUUUGUCACCAAGAGCUGUUCACCAUAUAUUCGUUAAUUCCAAGUAUAUGACUUUUCUAGAUUUAACAAGGUGUUGUUGGUUGACUGAUGGAGCUUUACAAACCCUUAUGGUACAUCAGAGACAUCUUAGGGAUGUAAACUUGAGGUGUUGUUGUCAAAUUUCGACAAAGUGUCUAAUUAAACUAGUGGCACUUUGUUCUAAUCUUGAGCAAUUGAAUUUACAACAACUCAGUUCUGUUGAUGAUUCUGUCCUUGCUGCCAUUUUACAUCAUUGCAACAAUUUAAAUAGUUUGAACUUGGUAAUGUGUCAAGAGGUGUCACCUAGUGCUAUAGAGCGAUUUCUCUUAAUGAAACCAUCAGUAAGUGUUAAACAGUUUGGUUGCCGCAGCCUGAUGUGUCUUGAUCCUACGUUGUACACAUUGAUGCGACACAACGAAGGAGGGGGUUACAUGCAGAUGCCGAUGGGACUUAGAUUUUUUUAAAAUGGAAGAAUCUCUGAAAGAUAUCAGCUAGAGAAAACUGUGAUUUUUUUUCGUGUAGAAAAAUUUACCUUAAAUCCUUCACAGAUGCACUACGUUUUCCACAUAUUGUACUUGUAACUAUGGUUGUCACAUUAAUUUAUAAAAUACCCUCUUCUUGUCGCUGUACAUCGCAAACUAUCUAGAUUUUAACCUAUUAGGACCCUUUAGAGGAGAUGAACUACAACAUACUAAUAAAUUCAAACAUUUUGACGGAUAUCUCUAUAACACCAUAAAAUGUGUGUACAAUUCUUAAAAUUUAAGUUUGACAAAUGUAUACAUUUUUUGUGAUUUGGCGCUUUAAGGUAAAAUACAAAUAAACAAAUGUUCGUUUGACAAGUCUUUUUGAAUGCGAACAAGUACAAUACAAAUGAAAAUUCAACUGUCUUAAAAAUCCUUUAAGGAUUUAAUGUUUUGUUUUAGGUUUGACGCGUUUUAAAAAAAUUGUUUAGAAAGUUUAUUUGUUCAUUUAAAAUAUUUAUAUAUAAUACAUUAUAACACUAUUAUCUACAAUAUAGGCACAUAAUAUCUUCAUUUACAAGUGGAUUUCGGAACAAAAACUCGUAGUUUUAAUGUUGCAGCAUUUUCAGUGCAAAACGCGAUGACAUUAUUAUGGUAACUUGAUAAGUAAUCAACGCAAAAAAUAAAUUAAAUAAGCAACAUGCUCACAUAUGAUGACAGACAGUUUUUAACAAUUCUAGUAAAUUGAUUGCAUUACAAAUUUAAUACUUAAUUAGUUUCAUUUGUGAACAAACAUAUAUAUAUAUAUAUACUGUAUUUUUUUGUCGUUUUCAUUACAAAAAAAUUGCCGCUGACGAGGUGCAAUAAUAAAAUUAAUUAGUCGUUAAUUCAGUUAAAGUUGCAUGAUAAUAAAUAAUUUCCAAUUACAUUAUCAACUCUUAAACUGUGUAUAUGUAUGUAUUUAUAGUAAUAAACAUUGGCUUUUAA